AAACCGCUUCUGAAGUUUGAAGCUAACACCCCCUUUACAAAAAUGCAAGUGGCAAAUUCUCAUUUAUCCUAGCUAACACCCCCUUUACAAAAAGACACGAAUGGGUCCUCACUCUUCACACAAUAAAAAUAUCCCUUUAUUCUCCCCACCUUAAACAUGGGGUCCGCUCAAGGCUAUUUUCGUCAACUUCUUCUAAGUUUAAAUAAAACCAAUAAAAUUAAAAUCAAUCCCCCCCGAAACGUCCAGUCUUUUUGAGACACCAUCGAAUCAAUCUUCACUCUCUCUCCUAAUCUAAACCGUCUAUUUUCUCAUCCAACGGCUUUCUUUUAGUCAGGUUGUAGUUUAUUCGACAGUAGUUUUCUUUCUUCUUCCACUACUAAACCCUAAAAAAUGGAUAUUUCUCUUUCAGCCUCCUCUUCUCCCCUGUUCUUCUUCUUCACCCUUUUUUCUCCCUCACAACAAAAUUAAUUUUCCAAAAAUCCUAAAAAUAUUUCAAGAUUAUCCCAUUUCUUUUAGUAAAAUCUCGACCCCAUCUAUACAAAAUUAUCUUUUUUCGAACAAUAUUCGUUCACUAAUAACUGGGUAAUUUAAAUUAAUUUUUUUUUUUUUGAUAAUUUAUCGUGAGUGUUAUGAUCUAGAUGGCCGAUUUGGAAAUUUUUCGGUGAUAAUUUGGUGUUAAUUGAAGUGAAUUUAAUUGGGUUGUUAGUUGUUACAUGACCCAUGUGCUGAAACAAUCGUCAUAAUCGAAGAGUUGGUUGGUUGAUCGAAUCGUUGAUUUGACUCAGUGAGUUAACUCGGAGAGAACGAGGUUUGAAAUCUGGCGCCGAUGCCGUCAGUAGAGAUGCGGCGUUCGACGAGGGUGUUUGUUCCGAAGGCGAAAGACGGUGAAUUGGUUAGGGUUUUAAGGUCAGGGCGUCGAUUGUGGGUGGACUCUGCUGAUGUUAAGCAGCACCGAGGAAGUAAAAAUGGGGACGAUUGGUUUCCAAUGAUUUCCAAUGAUAGUGGCAAGUUUAAGCAACAGAAGAUUAAUGGUUGGCAUGAUAGCUCUGAUCCAAUGGAUGUUGAUCAUGAUGCGAAACUGAUUCCGAUACAAAGACUGCAGCCUGUGACGGAGCCGGAAAUUAAUCAUAGAUUGCCUAGUUUAAGAGAUGGGAGUUAUUGUCUUAAGAACAGAAUGUUUAGGAAUGUUUAUAGUAGGAAAAGAAAGCGUUAUAAUGUGAGGAGUUUGACGGGUUUUGGUGAUUCUGAUAGUAAGAAGUUUGGUUUGCAUUUUGUGAGAAGGCAAAGGAGAAAAAUUGGGCAAACUAAAAAGAAGCAAGCAGAUGAUGUAAUUGAAGGGUAUUAUGAUCAAGGGUUGUUGUCGGUUUUCGUCGAUUUGUGUUGUGAUGGGUGUUCGUUGUUUUCAAGUGUUUUGAGUUCACUUCUUAGGUAUUUGAGUAAAGAAAGAGUUGGUUUAAGUGAGGUUUCAACGUUCCUGGUUUCCAGCCCUGUUUCGCCUGUUUUUGCAUCGUCUGGCAUUCAUUUCUUGUGGAAUUGUGUGUCAAACAAGAUCAAAGGUGUAUGCCGAAUUUCUGGGGUGAGGCAGUUUAUAGCAAUGUUUACACUUGACUAUACAGCUGCUCCCUUGUGUUUUCUGCACCUACAUGCAACAAUGUUAUUUAGGUCGGUGCGCCUGUCUUGUUUAUGUUGGUACGAUUUUGACCGAAAAAAUGAGAGUACUGAUGAAACCCUUACAUUCGUCAAUGACCAGAAUGAGAGUCCCCCUGACAGAUUAGUUGCCCCUGCUAAAGAUGAGUCCAAGGAUAUGAAGUCUAUAAAUUCAUCUCCUGGGGCUAGUAAGUUAUCCAGUCGAAAUGUGCAAGGUAGGAUAGGGGUUCUUACAGGAAGUGCUUCAAAGAGGCGGAGGCGGUCGUUAAGGAGUCGGAGGGCUAGAAACCCGUUACCUUUCGUUUUGCAGAAAUCGCCUGGACCAUUAGUAUCUAAUUAUGUUUCCAAGAAAAAAGCCCACCCUGCAUUACCUUUAGCUUGUAAACAGGAGCUUCGGAGGUCUGUUCGAAAGAGUUCUGUGAUUGAAAUUCCUGUGCAAAAGCCGGACCUAUCAAGCUUGAAUGUGGAUCCUGAUUCACAGUGCUGUACUGCUAAUGUCCUGAUUGUAGAAGCAGACAAGUGUUACAGAGUUGAGGGGGCAGAGGUCAGAUUAGACACCUCUGCAUCAAAUGAGUGGCUUCUUGCCAUUAAAACAGAUGGGACAACAAAAUAUUCUUUAAAGAUUCAGAAAGAAAUGAGACCCUGUACAACCAACCGUUUUACUCAUGCUGUGAUUUGGGCAUCGGAAAAUGGGUGGAAACUAGAGUUUCCUGACCGGAAAGACUGGGCAAUGUUCAAGGAACUCUAUAAGGUAUGUGGGGAAAGGAACAUUGUACCAACGUCCCCUGGUGUAAAAAUUAUCCCUGUACCUUGGGUAUGUGAAGUGACCAAUUCGUGGGAUCUCCCUGGUGCCUUUGUUAGACCGGAGUCAUACAUUCGAACAGCCAAUGAUGAACUAUCUAGGACUUUGUCUAGGAAGACAGCGAACUAUGAUAUGGAUUCUGAGGAUAAAGAGUGGCUAAGCAAGCUCAAUAGUGAGCUGGAAGCAUCAAAUCAUCUUUCUGAAGAGAGCUUUGAAUUAGCAAUUGAUUCUUUUGAGAAAGCUUCUUAUUGUAACCGGGAGGAUGUCAAUGAUGACAUAGCAGCUGCUAGAUUGUGUUUGGAUGUAGUAGCUAUUUCGGAUGUAGCUGAGCAGGUACAUAGAUAUUGGAUGAAGAAGAGGAAGCAAAAACAUGCCCCGCUGAUUAGAGUUUUCCAGUGUCUGUACCCUUGGGAAAUUAUAAAGAAGAAAAAGGGAUUCAUGCUUGUCACGUCGUCAGUUUGGCUUAGCUACACUGCAUCCACCACCCCACAGCCCACCCCCCUGCCCUUGCGCGAAUUAAAAUACUUAAACCAACCCACGAGAGCACAAUUGAUCACAAAACCUGUGUUACGCAAGAAGAGAUCCCUGAAACGGCAGACUGUUCAACCUAUGCAUCGAGGUCGAGGCAAGGAUAGUAAUGUUCUUCAAGUGAUAGCUGCUGAGCAUAAUGCUGCAGAGGAACAAAGCGCGGUCCUUAGAAUACAGGAAGCAAUAGCUUCGGCAGACAAAUCUGUGGAGCUAGCCAUACUUAAACGUCAGAAAGCACAGCUCCUGAUGGAAAAUGCAGAUCUAGCAAUGUAUAGAGCUACAAUGGCUCUAAGAAUCGCCGAUGCUGCUGCUGAAAUUUUAGACACCCAGCAAGCUGCUGAUCAUUUCCUUGAGUGAAGGUUAACAAGAUUAUAGGUCUUAGAGAUGCUAAUUUUAGAGGGCAUUUUUUUCCUUUUUUUUAAAAAAAAAAAAUAAUAAUUUCUUUAUCUGCAUAAAAGAAUUGCAGCCUUCGACUGCGGCUGUGUUUUUUGAGGCAUUUGGUUGGCCUUUGGAAAUGUAUUGUAUUUUUGUAUAGUAUCAAUUUUUUUGUUGGGGGGCUGUUUUUUCAUCUUUUUAUGUACAUUUUGUAUCUUUGUUAUGACGCCCUGUAGUCUAUAUGUACAAUGGAUUCAGUUGGUGUCUUUGAAAAAAAGAAGGUAAUGAUCAUCGAAAAAGUAAAAAAGUUGGGGGGUAAAGUCUGGUUCGUUUCUUUGUAUAUUUUUCAUCUAGCUUUAGAAAAAAAUAAUACUAAGCUAAUUUUCACCGA